CUGUCCCUUCAUUUGAAAUUGUAUUUGCCUUUGAAUGAUUGGAAAAUAAUCAGCAGAAAGAACUUUGUUUUUACACAAUUCAGAUUUACUUUAAAUUUAAAAUGGAUUACAGAUAUGAAAGAACAUGAAACUAGCCAGUCUUCAGCUAAAACAUAAUGAAGUCAGAAAUAUACCACUCUUUUAUCAAUCUACUAUUGCUCCCGUUUUCCUGGGUACUCCAGUUUCCAGACACAGUCCAAAGAUCUGUAACUUAAAUGUAGGGGAUACUGCCCAUUCCAUCACGGGAAAAGCCCUCCCCACCACUGAACAUAUCAAAAAGAAGUGCUGCCACAAGACAGCUGUGAAUUGCUCCUUGUAGAUAGGUGAAUGUGGAAUCUGUAGGAGAGUUGAUGGGAAUAUUGGGAGAAUAAAAUGGAUUAGGUGUGGGAUUAGUGGAAAUGAUUGAUGUCCAGUUUGGCCAUAGCUGGCCAAAGAACCAAUUUCUGCUCUGUAUCUAUCAAUGAGUCUUUGACUUAUUUGGUGCCUUUCAUGACUCAGUUCAUUAUAUCCAUUCAUUGUGUCAUAUUUAUCGCAUUCUCAUACUGUCAUGACUUCAUUGACUGUGAGUGGUUACCUUGGAAGAUCAUGUUAAGAACACAGUUACAUGCAAUGAGAAAUAAAUGGGUUAUAGUGGGAUUAGUUUAAAUGAGUCGGCAAGACUCUGGGGUUGAAUGGCCUGUUUCUGUACUGUAUCUCUCUAUGAUACUCAAAUGGUCUGAAUUUUACCCAUAUAUCAAAGAUUCUGUGUCAGGGUAGAAGAUACACCCACUAAUUCUUGAGAGGAAAAUUACUCUUUGCUGUACUUAUGAGUAACAACCAACCACUUUUCAAAGUGACAAGUAGUCAUGAGCACUAAAAUUCAGGCCAAUUUGGGAAUCAAGUGCAGACUCUAGUCCAACAUUCUAUCAUCUGGGAUCUCACAUAACCUAGCAUUUUAACUGUGUAGCUGAUUUCAAUACACAUCAACUCAAGACUGUUUUGAUCCAUAUAUCGUCAUAGUUGAAAAUCUAUGAAAAUCUAAAAAUAAAAAUAUAUAAUAAUCAAAAAUACUCCAUUUGUUUUUUUUCUGUCUUUCUAGGUAGCUGCUUCCCAAGUAACAAUUCAUACUUCAAUAUGGACAAGCAACGUGUUGGUUUUCAGCCAGUUACAGACAACAGUUUUAUCCCAGGCUCUGAUUCACCUCACACUCCCAAUCCCAAGCUUAGAGUAAAAACUGACCACGUCAAUGAUGUGUUAGUAAAACUAAAAGCAGAGAUAUCCUUAAGGAAUGGUGUCUCUCUUAUAGUUGGAGCCAUGAUUGGAUCAGGGAUUUUUAUUUCUCCAGGUGAAGUCUUAGAGCAAAGUGGCUCCUAUGGUCUGUCCCUGAUUAUUUGGGCUUUAGGGGGUAUUUUUUCAAUUAUUGGAGGCCUCUGCUAUGCUGAAUUGGGUACAACCAUUAGAAAAUCUGGUGCAAACUAUGCAUAUAUUUUGGAAGUAUAUGGAGGAUUUAUUGCUUUUCUUAAACUCUGGAUGUCAAUACUUAUUAUUAGGCCCUCUGCACAAGCUGUUGUUGCCUUAACAUUUGGCAACUACCUGGUGCAGCCUAUCUUUGGAAACUGUCCUACACCAUACUUAGCACAACAACUACUUGGAGCUGCUUGCAUCAGCACGCUUACUUUUAUAAACUGCGCCAGCGUAAAAUGGGGAACCAGAAUCCAGGAUGUGCUCUCAUUUGCCAAAGUUUGCGGUCUAGUCAUUAUUAUUAUUACAGGGAUGGUUAGACUAGCCAAAGGAUAUAGAACUCAUUUCAGUUCUGCAUUCAGUGGCUCAUUGUGGGAUCCUGGGAAGAUCAUUCUAUCAUUUUAUUUUGUACUAUUCGCCUACACUGGUUGGGACACACUUAACUUUGUUUCAGAGGAAGUUAGAAAUUCUGAAAGGAAUCUACCCCUAGCCAUUCUUAUUUCAGUGACACUGGUCACCACCUUAUAUAUAUUGACAAUUCUGAGUUAUUACAUAGUGUUAGAACCAAAUACCAUCAUCUCUAGCAAUGCUGUAGUUAUGACAUUUGCAGAAGAUACACUAAGAAUAAUGAAGUGGGCUAUCUCAAUAUUAGUAGCUCUGUCUUGUUAUAGCACCCUUAAUGCAUCAAUUAUAUUAAGCUCAAGGUUAUACUUUGUUGCAGCCCGUGAAGGAUAUAUCCCUCAAAUACUGGCAAUGAUCCAUGUAACACGAUUCACGCCAAUCCCAGCUCUACUCAUAAAUGGUCUAUUAUCGAUUAUCUAUCUAAGUGCCGAGGACAUAUACGGACUCAUUUACUACUUCAGCUUCAGUUAUUGGCUCUUUAUUGGACUUACCAUUAUUGGGCAAUUAUACCUACGCUGGAAGGAGCCAAAUCGACACAGGCCUUUCAAGGUCCACGUGAUUUUUCCAGUCUUCUUCUGUGUAUGCAUUUUAGGCUUAAUAGCAGUGCCUGCGUACACCGACACUAUCAAUUCUCUAAUUGGGGUUGGAAUUGGACUGAUAGGAAUCCCCGUGUAUAUUGUAGGACGAAUGGCAUCAAAGUUGAGAUACCCUAUAUUCUUACAGAUAAUUUCAGCUAAAUUCAUUAGAUGUACCCAGCUGCUCUUUUUCAGUGUGCUGAUUGAGAAAGAUAUCACAGAACAGGAAAAUGAAACUAAUAAACAAAUGACUGACUGACAAUCAAUAAAACACCAGAGCUCAAUAAUGUCAAACUGAAUGAAUUUCUACUCUGCUAAAUAGUCUUCAAGUUAAAUCUUAAUUUUAAGUAACUUAUUUAACUUUGUAAAAACAAGAAUUCAGUAUUUUGUAAAACUUAAUGUUAAAGUUUGUGAGGCUUAUCUGCUGC